AUGUCUAUACCGAAACUAGCAAGAGCCCUCGGUGAAGAACUAGCAACUUUUGGUGGCAGGCAGCAGGAUGGAGUUCCGUUACUAUUGCCUCUAUACCCGGUCGGCUGGGACGAUCCAAGGAACAACCCUUACCACCAGGACUACAACUACAAUUACGACGCCACGUGGCACUCUCUACUGCAUUCGUUCACGAUUCGCGAAGCGGCACUCAGCGAUGUGGAAAAGAGGCACAUUGCUCUGUGGAGACUCUUCCACUGGCUGAGAAAGUACUGCGACCCGAACACAGCCAGGUGUGACCGCUGUGCGAUCAAGUUGCUCGACGGCCCAUAUGGCGGUGUCUCGCUGGAGGAGAGAGAUAGAAACCCUGACAAGUACUGGCCGCUUUACAGGAGGGUUUUCAGCGCUAUGAGAUACUGUGACACAGGAGGCGAUGGCACCUGCCAAUGCUGUACGGAAGAAGGACGAGAUUGCACGGUCAUGGGCCUAUCCGCGGAGUCCUGGGCGGUCAAGGAGCACGUCCGUGGGCGCGAUUAUUGGUGGUAUGAAGGCGUCGGUAAAGUAGCAUGUGUCGCUUGCAUUUCGGCCAAGCAGGAUAUCAAUUGCGAUAUCUGGAGGGACAAUGGCUGUACCGCUUGUCGAUACUCGGGUCUCUUUUGUGCCAUCAGGGGCCACCGCCCUGGUAGCUAUGACGAACGCAUAUCGCGUAGGGAUGGUUACGAAACCAACAUCUCUGAGCUGAAGCCCGAGGUACACGAUUCGGGGCGUGAUUUGCACUAUCUUCUUCAGAUAGCUACAGGACAAACUGAAGGUCCUGGUGAGCCUCCCAAUCAUAUGAUACCCAAAAGGACGGCGGUGCUGCUGAGUCUUCUGGAUGGCAUCACGAUGAGGCAGGCAACUUUUGCCACACUUGACGAAGCUAGGGAUGGACUUGUAACAUCCGGCGUGAUACUUUCUCGGUUCGCACUGGGACUAGACGACACGUUUAUCAGAAUGGUAGCCCACAGAACCUGCAAGGCUUCUGUUCGGCGGGUUCUCAAAACGGCAACCAACUGGGCAUUCUACAAUAAAGACAGCCCUUGGCAGAGCACUUGGCAGGAUCAUGUGGCUGGAUUUUUUCCUACGCCAUCACAGAUGAUCAAGCCGUACGACAACUAUAUCAAAAUGUGUAGCGGCAAUGAGAACAACAAUCAGGCUACUGGAAACGAAUUUCAGAACGAUAGCGAUACUCACAUGGCUACUGAAAGUCAGAUUAUGCUGAAAUCUGGAAAUGAAUCCCAGAACGACAACGAUAUGCACAUGACCACCGGAAGUCCAGGAGACUGA